GUAUUUGCACACCACUAGAAUGACAGCAAACAAAUUUUCGUUGUAUCGCUGGUGAGGAUUUGUUUGUUAAAUAGACUUAUACUUCGAUAUUGUGAUUAUGCCGCACGGUCAUUCGCACGAUCAUGGCCAGGGCUGUAGCCAUGAGGCCACCGAUGUGGAUCAUGCCCUGGAAAUGGGAAUCGAAUACAGCUUGUAUACAAAAAUUGAUAUUGAUAAUUUAGAGUGCUUGAACGAGGAAAGCGACGGUACCGGCAAAACAGUCUUCAAGCCUUACGAGAAACGUCUGGAUGUGAGCAAGUUCGUGCAGAGUGAUGCCGAUGCUGAGCUGCUUUUCAACAUACCAUUUACCGGCAACAUUAAACUAAAGGGUAUUAUAAUAAGUGGCGCCAACGAUGAUUCGCAUCCAAACAAAGUUAAAAUUUUCAAGAAUCGACCAAAGAUGACCUUCGAUGAUGCGUGCGCCAAGGCGGAUCAGGAGUUCGAGUUGACGCGCGAUUAUCGCGGCGAAAUUGAAUACUCACCCAAAGUUGUCACCUUUUCCUCUGUGCAUCACUUGUCGUUAUACUUUCCCAGCAAUUUUGGAGAUGAUAAUACACGCAUCUACUACAUUGGUCUGCGCGGCGAGUUCAGCGAGGCUCAUUACCACGGUGUUACAAUUUGCAACUAUGAGGCUCGUGCCAAUGCUGCGGACCAUAAGAAUGAUCUAUUUGAUAGUGUUGGACGCACCAUACAAUAAGGAAAUAAACAUAUAUACAGAAAUGUAAAAUUUGGAUGUUAUAGUUGUUGCAAAUAUAAACUAAAUUUUUAUAUGCGUAUUUGUAAACAACGAA